GACCAUGGUUGGCCCUCUUGCACCCUUACCCACACUUCCCCAUUCAUCUCAAACCCAACAGCUGUAAAAUCCCCCUUGCUGAAGUGUUCCGUACUUGACCUCGCAAACAUCUCUGACGUGCAACACGCCCUCGUGUUCGGCUUGCGUGGAUAUGCUCAGAGCAAACAUUGACCCUGGCUCCUCUGACAGCUCGGAGUUUCUUUACGCAAGAUGCAACUACUUCCAAAGCGCUGUUCUCGAUCACGAUAUGGAUAGAGGCAAAGUGCAUGUCACACAAGGAGCGCUUGAUCAAACGCCACAGUCCCCGAUAGGCUUCAGUUUGCUCGCUCUGCCAGCAGAACUGCGAUACCAAAUCUAUUCGUUUGUAUUGCCAACCAAUCUAACCAUCGAGUUCAAGACUAUUUGGCAAAAGGGCAAGCCUCUGUUUGUCGCCUAUGAUCUGGGACAGUAUGGAGAGGAUGCAGUCCCAAUUGGUGGAGCGACUUCUUGUUUGGAUACAGGCAUCCGUCCCGCGUACCACCUCGCCGUCGAAACGCAACUAUUCCGAGUAAGCAAGUUUGUCUCAAACGAGUCACGGUCCGUCCUCUAUGGCAUGAACACGUACAAAUUCACCAUUCAUGGAAGGGCCAUAUGGCCCAAGUCGCUGAGGAGCCCAUACGUCUUUGGAUCUCUUGGCCACCCUCUCCGACUCCCACUGCUACGCGACUUGCGUCGCAUCCACAUCGACGUUGUUGCUGACGUUGAUAGCCACUGGGCAGUCAAGCGCCAACGAGCACGCCUAGAAUACCUGGUCGAAAUCCUCAAGGAGCAUGCUGACGACCAAAACAAAGGGUCCUUGUUGCAGCAUCUCAGGGUCGACUUUCGGCUCGCCCAGGUUCCUGACCCAAGGCUUCUUCCACUUUCUCAGUCGACCGGAUAUUCGUAUUUGCAAUUUCUUCGGCCUCCGAAGAGCCUGGAAAAGUACAUGUUCGGCCUAGAGAGUCUGGCAUUGCUUCGUGGUAUCAAAGACGUGCAAGUCAACGGGCUCCCUGAUUGGUACGCAAAGUGCAUGCAGCUUUGUAUACAAGGCAAAGGCGGCCAAGUGCAAGAGACUGACUGGCCACAGCUUCAAGUGAAGCGCAGCCGGGGUAGGGGUAAGUUGGAUAGUCGCAAGACGACGACGCAUUGGGUCACAUUGCGCAAGUGGCAUCAGCCUAUGCUGAAUUGGAAGGAGUUUGCUGAGCGCAAUGAUAUUACCCUUCCAGACGAUAUCGACAGGUUCUGGGCUGAAUAGUAGGACUGGGCAGAUGGCUGCAGGCCCCCUUCCCCGCAUAGUGGCCCUGAAUGACAUGUGACAGAGAGCUGGGAUAGGCCCUUGACAGAAAUAGCAUAUCCGCCGUGUUUGAGAGAGCCGC